AUGUGGCUGAAAACCAUAUCAAGCAUAGAGUUGUUUAGUGAGGAGAAUGAUUCAGGUGCGCAAUUAGCUAACAAACACAUCCUUCGAUCACUGCCUGAACUUGGCCGUGAAACUUUGUUCGACUUUUUGCAUGCAGUCACCGUAUGCGGUACUGAAGGGGAACGUCUCGUCGAGCAAAUGAUUCCAAAUUUUCAACAAUUGUAUCGUACGUUUCUGCUUUGUUCUGUUGAGAUCGUGCUGAGAAUCGUCGUCGAGGUAUGUUAUAGUAUAUUGUCGUGUUCGUUUUUUUUCCACGAAUUUUACUGCAUUUUGCAAAUUGCACGACUGCAAAAUGCGCAUUCGUCACACAAUUUGGUGACUGUGUUCGAAUGCUGUGCGAAAUCGGACGAAGCAUGUCCGUUCGAGAUUGAUAUCAGUACCGUGUAUUUUGUUGGUGUGAAUACGACUGUACGGGAUGUGCUCGAUUCCUGUGCGAAAUCGGGCGAAGCAUGUCCGUUCGAGGUUGAUAUCAGUUACCAGACAUUUCCACCGUCUGAGCCACAAAAGAUCAUUGACGAUGUUCUUGAAGACAUAUAUGAUGAGGAUGAAAUUCCUCUGCGACAUUAUCAAGAAGAGUUGGCAGAAGCGGCGUAUAAUGGCCAGAACACAGUAGUGUGUGCACCAACCGGGUCCGGCAAAACUGUCGUAGCUGCAUCGGUUAUCCGUAAACAUUUGUUGCAAGGACUGGUGGCGAAGAAACGAAACAAGGUGUGUUUUCUCGUAUCGAACACAACCUUUCUGGAACAACAAGCUGAGUUGUUGAGGCGAUUCCUCAGAAAGAGAUUCAAAAUCAUUGCACUCAGUGGUGCCACAUCUGCCGAAGCACCGCGUCUGUUAACGAUAGUGGAUAAUGACGUUGUUGUGAUAACGCCACAACUGAUUGUGAACCUGAUCAAAGCACAGAAUACCGAAGAGGAUUGCGUAAGAUUUUCACUGACAAUGUUCUCAUUGCUCAUUUUUGAUGAGGCACAUCAUACUUCUGAAAGUCAUCCUUACAAUGAGAUAAUGCUCACUUAUCAUGAUAUGAAAAGAACUGGAGCUUAUUCGAAGUCGGAACCCUUGCCUCAGGUAUAG